AAAUUUUCCACUUCGCCCAAUCCACUCUUUACUCUCGCUCUCUCGCUCUCUCUCUCUCUCUCUCUCUUUGGCGUCGAAGACGACGGUGGUCGUCUUCUACCUUUUAAAAACCCUACCCUCGCCUCACUCCCUUUCCGCGACAACUCCUACGUCUCCCACCUCCGCACCUCGAAGCUUCGCGAGCUCGGCCGCCAUGGCGGAGAAGAUCGACUACGUGUUCAAGGUGGUGCUCAUCGGCGACUCCGCCGUGGGGAAGUCGCAGAUCCUGGCCCGAUUCGCCCGCAACGAGUUUAGCCUCGACUCCAAGGCUACCAUCGGGGUCGAGUUCCAGACCCGGACCCUCCAGAUCCAGCAGAAGCGCAUCAAGGCCCAGAUCUGGGACACCGCGGGACAGGAGAGGUACAGGGCUGUAACGAGUGCCUAUUACCGAGGCGCAGUUGGGGCCCUUCUGGUGUACGACAUAACCAAGCGCCAGAGCUUUGACCACAUCCCACGGUGGCUGGAUGAGCUGCGCAGCCACGCUGACAAGAACAUCGUGAUCAUGCUGGUCGGCAACAAGAGCGACCUUGAGGACCAGCGGGCUGUGGCCACGGAGGACGCCCGUGAGUUCGCCCAGAAGGAGGGACUCUUCUUCCUUGAGACAUCGGCGCUCGAGGCCACCAACGUCGAGACCGCCUUCCAAACUGUCUUGACCGAGAUCUUCAACAUCGUCAACAGGAGGAAUUUAUCUUCUGACCCUCGAGCGAGUGCCAAUGCGCCAGCGCUCUCGGGGACGAAGAUCGUAGUUCCUGGGCCGGGGCAGGAGGUCCAAACCAGUAGUAAGACCUGCUGUCAAGCUUCGUAAUUUUUUUCUUUUUAUUCCUAGGGUUUUGAGAAAUUGAUUUCGAAUUGGAGUUUUGUAUGUUGGAAUCAUUCCGAGACUUUUGUAUUGGCUGUAUAUCCUACGGGUUGGUUAGUGCACUAGAGAAUCUGGAGAUAGUUGAUUCAGAAUUUCGCUGGUUUGACAUGACGAGAUAAAUCUUAACUAGAGGUGCCUUUUUUGUGUUAUAUUAUGUGAGAAUAAUUACAUUCGACUUGGAAUACGUGAUGUAUCACUUACUUUUCUCA